AUGGCAGAACAGAGCAUCAACAUACCACAGGUCAUCGUGUUUGCUGUUGUCGCCUUUCUUGUGUAUCGGUGGUACUCUAGCAAGCCCUCAGCAAAUGGCACGCGACCUACUGCAAACCGCUCGGUGCGGAUUAACCCCGCCCAAAUCGACACAAUAGCGCAGAUGUUCCCACAGCUGAACAGGAGGGACAUUGCAUGGGACCUGCAAAGAAACGGAGGAAAUGCAGCCGCCACAACAGAGAGAGUGCUGAGUGGAAGGACAUUAGACAGCGCACCAGCAUCCUUCCAACUACCUGCUGCACCAACUGCCGUCGCACCUGCGCGACCAGUCGUAGCUGCCGCAAAGCCAUCCCACCCUGACCUGAUAACACGAUACAACUUGUCCUCCAAGCUGAGCCAGGCCCCCGAGCCUACAGAAGAGAAGCCUAAGACGAAAGCCUGGAGUGCUGACCGAAGCGAGCGCCAAUCAAACCUGCAAAGAAAGAGGGAGGAGAUGAUCUUGGCUGCCAGGAGAAAGAUGGAAGAGAAGGAGAAGGCGAGUGCUUCAGGUGCUGCUGCUUAG